AAUCUGAAAUCAGUCAAAUUCUGAACUUCGUUUCGAUCAGGUUGUUCAAUUUUUAAAAUGGUAGUUGUCUUAUCCGCGCUUUACAGAUAUUUGUUAACAAGCAUCUAAAGAAAACUCAUUUGUUUUGAAAUAUUGACUAAAAUAAUGAGUGACUUUAUUAUUUUACUGUUGGGUGAAAUUAAUUUAAUUUUUGCUCAUUCAGCGUUUUAGUAUCCGAUCAAAUCACAACCUCGAAACUGCAAAAAAUGAGUUUUAUGAAUUAAACUACAAAGUUUUUGUUACUUUUUCUUUCUAUAUUUUUCUACAAAAUGGCAUCAUCACAUAAAGAUAUCGAAUUAAGUCCUGUAAGCUUAACAAUCGUCAAUGAUAAAACAACCGAAAAAAUAAAUAUACCGGUAAACGAUGAAGAAGACGUUAUUAUUGGACGAUUUCGAAAAAUCAGUUCGGCGAAAUCAAUGGCCGCUACGAAUGGCAAUAUACAAUAUCCGUCUGAAAUUAUAAGAAACGAAACUGAUGCCGAGGCUGGACUGCAAUUUAAGGCUAAAGAUGGGGAGAGAGAAAAACUGUUAAUUGAACCUGUGACCAACGGUUCGUUGGUGCGACCGAAGUCUCCCAUACCAAAGAGUAGCUUCCGAGACAUCGAAAAACCUUCUCGGUUCAAAGAUCAGCCCUCAACCACAAGGUUUCAGAUGGAAGAUAAACAAGACGAAGGAACGGAAAGCGACGGUUCUGGAAUGGAAAGUGAUGACCCCCUCACAGCUACGGACACGAAAUAUGGCAAGAGUUUCAGACAUUUCACGCGGGAAGCGUUGCCUCGCCUUGAUAACUACAGGAACGUGCUGUCUCUGCACGCAGCGCCGCGACCUACCUUAGACGAAUUACAUAAUGCUUCACUUUCAAGAAAGCCAGGUCAAACCCUAGAAAAAGAUGGACAUGGCGCGCCUGUUAUGCCGUCGCCUAACGUGAAGUUUGGAUGGAUAAAGGGCGUCCUUAUGAGAUGUCUCCUCAACAUUUGGGGGGUUAUGCUCUUCUUGCGGUUGUCCUGGGUCGUUGGACAAGCUGGAAUAGCGCAGGCAUCGCUUUUAAUUGUGACGACAUCCGUCGUGACGACAAUCACAGCUCUAUCGAUGUCCGCCAUAAGUACGAAUGGCGUCAUCAAAGGAGGUGGCACAUAUUAUAUGAUAUCGAGAUCUCUCGGACCGGAGUUCGGGGGCUCAAUUGGCCUCAUAUUCUCAAUGGCGAACGCCGUAGCGUGCGCGAUGUACGUCGUGGGCUUCGGAGAGUCACUCAUCACGCUUAUACCAGAGUCAGCGUACAUGGUCAGCAAAAGUUGGGACCAAGCAAUCUACGGUUGCAUAACCAUAGUACUACUUACCGGUAUCGUGAUUGUGGGAAUGGAGUGGGAAGCUAAAGCUCAGAUAGUGUUGCUGGUGAUAUUGCUGGCUGCUAUCGCCGACUUCUGCAUCGGAACCAUCAUUGGCCCCAAGUCGGAUCUUGAGGUCGCACAGGGCUUUGUGGGGUAUAACAUGACGAUUCUAAAGCGAAACCUCGGGCCUGACUACAGAACCUUUGAGGGUGUCGAACACAAUUUCUUUUCCGUAUUUUCAAUAUUCUUCCCCGCUGCCACUGGUAUAUUGGCUGGCGCCAACAUAUCUGGAGAUUUGAAGGAUCCCCAAAAAUCAAUUCCAAGAGGAACUCUCCUAGCGAUUCUCCUGACUACGAUAUCGUAUUUGUUAAUCGCUCUCCUCGCUGGAUGGACUGUGCUAAGAGAUGCCUCGGGUGAUCUAGCCGACGUGGCCGGAUGGACUAUGGACCAGUGCAAGACCAACGGCACUUGUGGUUACGGGCUGCACAACAGCAACGACGUAAUCCGUCUCGUCUCGGCGUUUGGUCCUCUGAUAUACGGCGGAUGUUUUGCUGCUACACUUUCUUCAGCAUUGGCUUCCUUAGUAUCGGCACCAAAAGUGUUUCAGGCUCUAUGUCAAGACAAGUUAUACCCAUGUCUGGACUUCUUCGCUAAAGGCUAUGGACCAAAUAACGAACCUGUACGAGGCUACGCGCUGACAUUCGUCAUCGCAGUCAGCUUUAUACUUAUGGGUGGAUUAAACCAGAUAGCGCCGCUAAUCUCCAACUUCUUCCUGGCUGCGUACGCGCUCAUCAACUUCGCCACGUUCCACGCGAGCCUCGCCCGCCCCGUCGGGUGGAGGCCCACUUUCAGGCUGUACAACAUGUGGCUGUCGCUGCUGGGCGCGCUGGUGUGCGUGGCGAUCAUGUUCGUGGUGUCGUGGGCGACGGCGCUGCUGACGCUGGCCGGCCUGCUGGCGCUCUACCUGCUCGUGUCGUACCGCGGGCCCGAUGUGAACUGGGGAUCCACGACGCAGGCGCAGACGUACAAGUCUGCGCUAGCUGGCGUGCAACAACUCAACAGGGUUACAGAGCAUGUUAAGAACUAUAGGCCACAGAUACUAGUUCUAACUGGUUUUCCUGGUGAGAGACCGCUCCUGACCGACUUUGCUUAUCUCCUCACCAAGGGACUCUCUCUGAUGUUAUGUGGACAUAUUAUGCAGCGCGCGCCCAGCCACCGCACGCGCGAGGCGCUGGCGAGCCGCGCGUCGCAGUGGCUGAGUCGGCGCCGCGUCAAGGCCUUCUACUCGCUCGUGGACGACGCCAGCUUCAAGGACGGCGCCAGCGCGCUCAUACAGGCGAGCGGUGUCGGUAAAUUGAGGCCUAACAUUCUGAUGAUGGGCUUCAAGGAGGACUGGAGAACGUGUGACCGUUCGGAGCUGGUGGACUAUGUGGAGGUGAUGCACAAGGCGCUGGACGUGCACAUGGCGCUGGCGCUGCUGCGCGUGGAGGGCGGGCUGUACUCCUGCGACGCGCUGGACGACGACCUGCACGCGUGUCUGCGCGCCGGCGCGCCCGGAGCCUCCGGUGCGUCAGGUUCAAUGGGUGAUAGUAUCAAACUGUCGAAAUCUACAGAGUCCUUGAACUCCCAGUCUAGAGACAGCAGUAUGUCAGACGUGUCCAUAAUGUCCGGUGAGUUGACCGGCGUUUCUCCCGACCCCGGAGCCGUGAGGACUCGCAAGAACAAGGCGAGCCGGCUGGGCGAGGUGGUGCGGCGGCUGGGCGCGGCGCGCGCGCGCCGGGCCUCGUCGCUCACGUCGGUGGAGCGCUUCACGCGCCGCCGCGCCGGCACCGUCGACGUGUGGUGGCUGUACGACGACGGCGGGCUGACGCUGCUGCUGCCGUACAUCCUGUCGACGCGGCGCGCGUGGUCGUCGUGUCCGCUGCGCGUGUUCACGCUGGCCAACCGCCACACCGAGCUCGAGAUCGAGGAGCGGAACAUGGCAUCUCUACUGUCGAAGUUCCGCAUAGAUUAUUCAGCGCUGAAGAUGAUAUCAGACGUCACAAAGAAACCAAAAGAUUCAACGUUAGCAUAUUUCGAGGACUUGAUCGCCCCCUUCAGGGCGUCGGAUGAUACUAAUGACAAUAUGAGCAUCACGGAGGCGGACGUGCUGGCGGCGCGCUCGCGCACGCACCGCUACCUGCGCGUGCGCGAGCUCAUCGGCGAGCACUCGUCCAGCGCGCGCCUGGUGUGCGUGACGCAGCCCAUGCCGCGCCGCCGCGGCCUGCCGCCCGCGCUGUACGCCGCGUGGCUGGCCGCGCUGGCCACGGCCGCGCCGCGCGUGCUGCUCGUGCGCGGCAACCACGCCUCCGUGCUCACCUUCUACUCCUAGGGCGCGCGGGCGGCCUCAGUAGUUCCGACCUAGAAUACCUAGGUGGAGAAUUACCUAUUUUCUUUAAAGCGAAGUGAUGCACGGAAACGACUACGAUAAUAGUAUUUUAAGUAUUCGCCCUACGUAAAUAAAUAUUUAACAAAAUAUACAGUAAAUAAAAGGAAAAUGAAAUAAAAUGGAUUAAUUGAAUUACAAUUGUCUAAUGACUGUAUUUAGAAACAAAAUAUUUAUGACUCUAUACUAUAAGUAUUUUAACUUUAAAUAUGAUGACCUCACGUGACAGAUAAUCGACGUUAUUAUAAACGCUCGCAGAGAAAGGAAGGGGGGGGGGGGGUGCGUAAUUUGUAUGUUAGCGCGGUACUUGGGGCCGAAUGGCAACGAAUUUGCUUGAGACCGUCCGUGAGACUUCUUCCGGCGUCACUGUCGCCUUCCGUUUGCCGCGAAUGUGUCUCAGCCCUGGGAAGACCUACCGCAUGUCGACGGUGUUGUGCGAAUGAUUAAAAAAAAGUUUUACUUGAAAGGUAAAAGUUGACACGAAUAUAUCUAAUAAUAUGGAGAUGGAAUAAAGACAUUAUAUUAUUAAUUGUAUUAACAAUUAUGUGAUACUCACUACACGCAACGGUCGCGUCGUGAUCAUAAUUUUUGUUAUUUUAAAGAAAUAAACGACGACAGUUACAAAUUGAUACUAAAUACUUGUAUAACCGCAUUAUAUAUAACACAAGUUACCAGUGACGUAAAGAAAAAUAUACAAUAGACAUAAAUAGUAUAUGUUUGUAUGUUGAUAUAAACUUCUCACAUUAUCAUAUAACAAACAUGUAACAUUGUUAAAAAGUCAUUUAUCUAAUACAAACUAUGUAUAAACCGUUAAACAAGUAGACAAAUGUAAAAGUGAGUUUAUAAAAAAAAAAAGAAACAGUUAAAAGUAAUUAAAAUUAUUGACUGUUGUCAUUAAAACUUUUCUAACAUACUCUAAUGAAAAUAUUACUCGUAUAUAAUUAUAGUUUGAUUAUAUAUACGAGUUUCUUUCCUUAACGAUUUUGACACAACAUUUAAUAACAUGUAUAUUUAGUGACAAACUUGUAUGAAUAUAUCAUUUAAUGUACAUUACUUAUAAUGUUCCUUUAUUAUUAAUGUAUUGUUAUAAUAGUGAUGUAAUGUAUAAUAAUUUAUGUUUUCUCUCAAUAAUUAACUUUUGCGUGACUGAACCGACAUUCCGUUAGCCUGAAAGUACAAAUUAAUAUGUAUGCUGUACAUUGAACACGCUACAUACAUUAUACACGCUAUUGUCACCUUAACGUGAAAUGCAUAAGAUUGAUAAUUUGACGUACUUUUUAAGAUUCUUCCUAGCUGUUUUCCUUUUUGGAGUGUUUUAAAGUUGGUGUUUUAAAAGUGCCUAAUAAAGCAAGACUUGAACGAAAUUUGAUAAAGUAAUUUUGGAUUAGCUGAUUCUGUAAAAUUAUAUUACUAGAGUUUUUGGAAGCAUUUUUCACGAAAAUAACGAUUCUUUAAAUUUUUGUCAACAUAUUGCUAUUGCAAUUUUUAAGAAUUUGACUAAGUCUAAACUUUUAUAUGAAUCGUU